AUGUCCCGUCCAGAAGAUCUGGCACCGCCAGAGGUGUUUUACAAUGAAUCAGAGUCUCAAAAAUAUACUUCCUCAACCAGAGUGCAGCACAUUCAGGCAAAGAUGACCCUUCGGGCGUUGGAGUUGUUGAACGUCCCACCUUGUUCAUUUGUGCUGGAUAUAGGUUGCGGAUCCGGACUCAGUGGUGAGAUCUUGACCGAAGAAUACGGCCAUGUAUGGUGUGGACUGGACAUAUCGCCCAGUAUGCUGGCAACAGGGCUCACACGAGACGUGGAGGGAGACUUGAUGCUGCAGGAUAUGGGUCAAGGUAUACCAUUCCGUGCAGGCAGUUUCGAUGCAGCAAUCAGUAUUAGUGCAAUCCAAUGGUUAUGUAAUGCUGAUACUUCCUACAACGAUCCUCGUCAGCGUCUAAUGCGAUUUUUCAACUCUCUUUACGCAUCUCUGAGGAAAGGAGGUAAAUUCGUGGCCCAAUUUUAUCCAAAGAAUGAUGAUCAAGUGGACCAGAUUCUACACUCAGCCAAAGUGGCCGGUUUCAGCGGUGGUUUGGUGAUUGACGACCCAGAAUCGAAGAAAAACAAGAAGUAUUACUUGGUGCUCAGUGCAGGCACACCAAAUGCCACAGAUCAGCAAGUCAAUUUGCAAGGUGUUGUAAUGGACCAACAGGAGCCUUUAAUGAAGAACAAAAGGGCUAAAAACCAAAAAGAGUCCAGCAAGACAUUUAUUCUGCGGAAGAAAGAGCUAAUGAAGCGUAGGGGUCGGAAAGUGGCCAAAGACUCCAAGUUCACAGGUAGAAAGAGAAGACCGAGGUUUUAA